AUGGAUUCAAGCCAACAUUUUACCAAAAGUAACCAGUACCAUUUAAGUGAUGACAAUAAAAGUGUUAACUAUAAUAAGAAUGAGCAUGUUUACGACCCGGAAUUAAAUUUAGCUCAAAUGCUAAGCAAUGAUACCAUCGAUACGUUUCCACUGUUUACGUCCGAUAAUAGCAAUGCAAACCUUUUUGGUGACUAUUUUGCAAAACUCCGAGAAUGUGUGGACGAGAAUCGACGGGUGCGGUGGCCGAGUGUAAGCACCAUACUAUCGGCGACAAAGUCCGACAAAUCGCGAGCCGCUCUAAACAAUUGGAAACUCCGCAAAACUCGUGAGUUAGGUGGUGGUGCAAGCUCAUUUACAAAGUACCAAGCUAGUUUGCUGGAUAGUGGUAGACAACAUCAUUUAAACAUCAAGAACUUCCUGAAAAGUCGGGACCUGUCGCGACUCGUUUUAAACGAAAAUACGGCCGGUUUUUGGCGCAGUUUAUCGCCGCUGUUGUCCGACAUAAGUGCUGUUCAAAUGGCCGAGACUGCGGGUAUUGUCGAUUGUGUGGCGUAUUAUUGCGGGAAACUAGUGGUGAUUGAGUGGAAAACUACGUCCAAACCGAAGCCAUCACUGGCCGACACAUACAACGAUCCCCUGCAAGCGGUCGCAUACAUGGGUGCCAUUAAUUGGGAGCACAAACACCGGCUGUCCAUCGAUGAGGCGGUCCUCGUAUACGCCUAUAAAGACGGCACUGACUGUCAGGUUCAUCGCUUGACUCGCGAACUAUGUGUGGAGUAUUGGAGCCAAUGGUUGGCUCGAGUGAAAUGUUACUGGAGCUCACAAACUAACAUGAUCAAAUAA